AUGCCCGAUCUUGCCCAAGCGGAAUAUAGCAUGGAGCUCUACAAUCGGCUUCAGAAGUUUUGGCUGCAAUGGUAUCUGGACGAGAAGCCUGUCUCCGUAGAAGAGAUAGUCACAGCACGAAGACUGGCACUAUGCUUCGGUAGGCGUUGGAUUCCUGUGAUCAUGAUGUGGGCUCUUGCAUGCAGAGCCCGUCCCCAGCACGAUGCAUUUGUGCAGUAUGAAUUCCGCGACACUUUCAAUGGAGAAUUCACAAUUCCAUAUCUGUUCGCGAACCCGCGAACAGGGAUCGCAUCUCCCUUAAGAGAGCUCGUGGAGUGGGAGAAAUUGACGAGGAUUGCCUUCACCACUCAAACACGUGCUGCAGCGGAGACGACCACGGCCGACUUGGGACACGGUGCGGAUGAAGAGGCAGACGACGUUGCCAGUGCAUUGCAAAAUCUGACGUUGUGA